GUCAUGUCCCACACCACCAUAGUGGCGGUGAGAGUGUCUGAAGAAUCUGGAAUUAUAUGUCGACAUUGAGAAACGUUUUCUCCGAGAAGACCUGCAGACAGCCAGCCCAUUCACCACACUGUCACUGUAGGCUGAAGAUGUUCUUGUGGACCUCUUUCUGAAACUGUCUGACAGGUUGACACCGAUAGAAUGACCCGGGAACAUGCUGGGAUUGAAAUGGACUUGAUCUUUGGAUCAGUGAAGCCUUAUGGGUCCUCUAGGAGUAUUGUGAGAAGAAUUGCUACAAACCUUCCUCUGAAGCCUUGUCCUCGUGUCCACUUUCAGCUUCAAGCAUAUGCUGACGGUGAAAACCGUCUCAACAGAUCAGUUGAGCGAAAUGGGUUCAUCGCUUCCCUCGCCGAUGUUGCCUGGAUCGAUGGAGAGGAAGGGGACUCCUUUGCAAGGCAGAGGUCAGAGCCACAGCCCGGGCUGAUGUUCCGCUCCCAGCCACACCAAUCCCACAGACCUCUGAAGAGACAGAGGUCUUUGCCCACCCUGCACCAGGAGGAGCUGGUUCACCAGCAGGAGCUGGUGCCCCAGACCCCCGUGUUUGCCAACCAUGAGGCCAUCCAGAAGAUCAGCGCCCUGGAGAGCGAACUGGCUAAACUCAGGGCUCAGAUCGCGCAGAUCGUGAUGGCCCAGGAGCAGAGUGCACAGCUAGCUGCCACAGCCACUGUACCACCUGCUGCCCCCGCCCCACCUGGUGGGCUGGCCCCUCCACCACCUCCCCCACCCCCGCCCCCUCCCCCGCCACCUCCAGGCCUUCAGCGGAGCUACUCAGCCAUCGACCUCAUCAAAGAGCGCCGUGGGAAGAAGGCAGACCAGGAGACCGUGGUGGAGCCUGGGCCGAAGCAGCCAGAGCUCCCCAGCAUGCUGGAUGUGCUGAAAGACAUGGGCAAAGUGAAGCUCCGCUCUGUUAAGAGUCGACCAGAGGAAGGCCAUGCCAAAUCUAAGCCCGCUGACCCCACGGACGCAGCCUCUCUCAUCGCAGAAGCUUUGAAGCGAAAAUUUGCUCACCGGUUCCGCAGUGAAAGCCAGAGCGAAAAUGACUUCAGUCUCCCCGCUCCCGAGGCAAAGACUCGCUCAGACCCUCCCAUGUUUGGGCAGCACAUGUUGAAGUCAACUGGAAGGAGGAAGCUCUGCUGAACCAUAUAACCAUAUAGUUUGGGGUUUGACUGACACAUUGAGGCCUUGCUGUACUGUCAGUGAAUGCCUUGGCUAUGAAACCAGCCAAUUUAGUUAUUUUUUUAAUACAGUGAAGCCUCAUUAUGGGAGAAAUGUGUGAUGCUCCAUUGCAUUAGGAAUCAAGGCAUUUUUUGUCUGUACUGUCAAUCAGUGUUCAUAUAUCUUCAGCAUAUUGGGAAGGCUUGCACGUUGUAGAAUAUUUUCAUAUUCAUAUCCAACACUUAGAUUUUAAUUUAUUUUUCUCCUUAAAUUCUGUGUACUAAUUGAUGCUAAUUUCAUAGUUCUUAUAAUUCUGAUUUAAUUGAGGAAUUCACAGAAGGAGUGCUCUUGAGCGUCUUCCUUUUCCAAAGUACCAACAACGAAAAGACGUUGUGCUCAUAUUCUGUUUAAAUUAUAUUAAGAAGGGACCUGCAUUGGCCAGGAUUCAUCUAUCACCAUUCAGUCAUUUUAGGUUUUGUUUUUAUAAGUUUCUUUUUGGAAAAGAAAGGACCUAUUUGCAAUACUGCAAGGCCAGUUUGGACUCUCAAACACUACAAGGAGUGGAAAGGCAUAGAACUGAGAGUUUGUCGCAGUCAAACCAAGUAGCAGAACGCACAUAAUGAGUCAUAUAGAGGUCACUGUUCCAUACCUGAGAUGUGCCUUUGUGAAAUCCAGCUUUCACUGUUUCAGCACAUUUGCUGUUUAACACUAGCUGUGUUAAGUCUCAGUGCAAAAGAUACUGCUCAGAGCACUUUCCUUGGGCUGCUCCAUCUGUGGAGACUUGCAUUACACUUGUAAAAAUGUUAUUUUUCAAAUGGUUAAUUUAAGAUAUCUGGGACUGUUUUUAUUUAUAUUUGGUGUUAGGAAGUGUCAUGUUAGAGCAUCUGUGCUUUAAAUUGUCAAGAAAGUUAUGUUAUAUGCUUCCAUUUGCUGAUCAAAUUGAAGCAUUUAUGCUAACAAGGUAUAUUCAUACAUAUUAAAUGUGUAGGAAUGUUUUGAUUUGCCUGCCUUCUCAGUCAUAUUUUAUGUUGAAUUUAGUAACGUGGAACCAGCUAAUUCAAUAUAAUACAAAGAACCUGUGCCACUGCUGGUUCAGCAUCUAAACCGAAACACUGACAUACGUUAAUUUCAUCACCUAAUGGUCAGUAGACUGUUUGAAUCUGUAACUGAAUUAAGAAUAACUUAAUUUGUAGUAAAUACUUGACAUAUUGAGGGAUAUUUACAGAUACGUUUGAUAGAUUCUUACCUCUCCCACCUUUAUACGGCAAGUAUUUUCAUUUUAUAGAAUUGAGUUUGUGUGUCACCACAAGAAUUUGCCAUCCCAAUUGCCAACUGCAUAGUCUUUCCGCUUGUCCUGCAUACAGGCGUCAGUGUUAAAAAGCCAAAGAUUAUUUCAAUGUUUCAGCUACAGGUGUACUGGUAAUUUGGUGUGCUCCUCAGAUUUGUGUCAAAAUGCACUCAGGAGACACAGCACUCAGGAGUUUUUUGUUUUCUUUUGUUUUCAGUGACACUAAAACAUUGAACAAUGCACAAACCGUUAAGUGUUUGAGAGAGUUUGCUCCAGCUGUGGACUGACAGAAUGAUACUGCUGUGUCAGUGAACACAAGGAACAUGCAGUUCCUUCUAUUCCACAACUGUCGGAAGGUUGUUGUCUUGGGAUGCAUGUUGCGGAGGUCUGGAUUUCCCCCUUCGAUGGUUUCUGACUCAAUUUAAUGCACUAAUCUCUGUUGUAAUGUCGGAUGAGGUCUUGUCCUCUGAAUGACAACAGAGGGCAUCAUUAAUUCAUCUUCAAGCACCAUGUAUUUAAUUAUUGAAAGGUUCUUAAGUAUUCAUGAAAUGAUACAAUAGUUGCUUUGGCAACUCAAGUUGGGGAUAAAAAAGUUGGCAAUAUUAUGCAUUGAACUUUUUUAACUGAGUAAUGUAUGUCAUAUUGCAGAUGGAUGGUGUAAGUUUGGAAUUUUUCAUUUCCCUGUUUCAGUGCAAAAAUGCAAUUGCCUAGACUUUUUUCCAAAUGAUUAUAAUUCUUUUAUACUUUAGGUGUAUGUACCUCAGACAAGGGAAUAUUACAUGAAAGGAAUGCAUUGUAUGAUCUAAUCCCACUAUACAAAAGUGUCAGGUGUCCACUAACUUUAAAUGCCAAAUAACAUGGAUAUGCAAGAUGCUGUUGAAUGUCCAAUUCAUUGUUGGAGUUGGUAAAACUGGAUUUAACUGCACAAAUAAACAAGA